UCCCGGUAAAGGCAGGCGGCGGGGAAGGCGAAGGAGCGCCGAAGCCCCUCGCUCUCUCACCCCCUUGCCCCCUGCUCAUCCAGCCGCCCUGCGUCCUGCGCUGGGACGUCUGGUGGCGGCGGGUAGUUCGAGCUCGGGCUUGAGGAAGGCUCGAAAGUGAGCGAGCCAAGAGACGCGCUCUCCGGCCGACCCCUAGCUACAGGGGGAGCGAACGUGCGGCCAGGGUGGCCCCGCGGAGACCCCGAGGAGCAAGAUGCUUGAAUUGGAUGAAAUCUUUAAUACCCCAAGUGAUGAUGAAGAAUUUCUUGGUUUUGAACCUGAUGUUCCCAUGGAAACGCUGUCACUGGUGGAUUGCUUUGAAAGUUAUGAUUCACUGAAGUCGAGAAAAAUGGAUAUUCAUUUGCGAUCCAAGUACCUGACUGAGGAGCUGAGAAGCAUUUUCACCGAAGACACAGAUUCAGAAAAUGAAGUGUUUGAAGGUUUCUCUUCAAAUGAACCGGAAGUAAAUGGGAAGAAGGUGGUGGAUUCUCAUCUGAACAGUGAGAGUGACACGGUAUCUGUGACAGCGACUGAGGAGAAGGAAGAGAAAGGGAGAGUUUCCUCUAAGAGAAGGAGCUUUGGCUUUCGUGUGGCAUUGCAGUUUCCCACUAAGACGUCUGCUGAGAAGAGGGUACCUGACAAGAUUGACUCCAAGUUCUGCUUAAAGGACAGUGAACACCCCUACACUCUCAGAAGAACAAAAAAUAAUAAAACCUGGAAGAAACUAGGCCAGGAAACAUCCUCAGAGUCUGAAGAAGAUGCUAAAGAGGCAUCCAAAGAUACUUCUAGUGCACUGCUUAAAAGAGCUAUGAACAUCAAAGAAAAUAAAGCCAUGCUUGCUCAGUUAUUAGCGGAACUGAAUUCAAUACCUGAUCUAUUUCCAGUGAAAACCCCAACAUCAACUCCUUCUAAACAGAAGAAAACGCCAAAGAGAAUGUUUUCAGAAGGCCAGAUAGAGCUUCGUACUAACCCAACCAGGAAUGCUCGUCCUCCGGAGAACUUUGGCUUGGAAAAUGUUACUUUUUCUGCUGUCAGAUUUGCUGAACAACUUAACAAUUACAGACGCCAAAACAGUUUACAGAAAAGACUAAAAGAGGACGGUUUGAAGGUACCCAAAAGAAGACGAUCAUCAAAAUACUGUUCAUUUCGACCAGUUGAAGAUAUUACUGAUGAGGAUUUGGAAAACAUUGCAAUAACAGUUAAAGAUAAAAUCUAUGAUAAGGUCUUGGGAAGUACAUGUCAUCAGUGUCGACAGAAAACAGUUGAUACAAAGACAGUUUGUCGUAAUGAAGGCUGUGGAGGAGUGAGGGGACAGUUCUGUGGGCCGUGCCUCCGUAAUCGCUAUGGAGAAGAUGUGAAAUCCUCACUUCUAGAUCCAGAUUGGAUCUGUCCCCCAUGCCGAGGGAUCUGCAAUUGCAGCUACUGUCGCAAACGUGAUGGCCGUUGUGCUACAGGGAUGCUCAUCCACUUGGCAAAAUUCUAUGGUUACGACAACGUGAAAGAGUAUCUGGAAAGCUUGCAAAAGCAACUUGCUGAGGACGACUGAAGAUACUGGAAGUAGCUGUGCAACACUUAUAAUUUGUCAAC